UUUUUCAUUUAUAUAAUUUAGUUUGAAGACAAAUUUUAAGUGAAUAAAAAUUUGUAAGAUAUAUAAUAUAUUAUCUUAUUCUGUACAAGCGCGCGAAAAUUUAUGAGAACUGAGUGGUAAUGGUAAUAGUAGUGACAAAACGUUUUGUAGCGGUUGGUCUCUUUGGGUGGGGAAAAUCAAUAGGAAAACCAAGUUUAAAUUAUAAGUACAGAUCAUUAAUAUUUAAUGAAUCUUAUAUUAAUAUUUUUUUAAUAUUGUAUUAUAUAUGCGAAUGUGUCUGUUUGUGAAAUCUUUACAAUGAUGCUUUCAAAAUGUAGCGUCUCGUGAUGUAUAUGAAAAUUUGAUUGAAUGUAGUGUGUACUCAGUUAUCAUUAACAGCUGUGUUCAAUAAAAGGAAAAUGUUUAGAAACUAUUUAAUUGAUACUUCUUGACAUCUAAUUUGAAGAACGAAAUAUCAAUUUACACUUAAUAAUGUUGAUACUUCGGAAAAUUUUCUUGACUUAUUUCAUAUUGUGUACGUUAUUACGAAUCAAUUAUGUUAAAAGUACACAUAUUUCGGGUACUUUUAAUACGAAAGAAUUUUUUCGUUUUCUCAUAAAAUUCGGUUUUCAAAAGACUGAUCGUCAUCGACAAAAAGAUUCAUAUGGAUAUAUUUUUGGUAAUGUAACAUCGAAAAGCGAUUUUACUAUACCAAUUACAUUGGCAGUUUUGGAUCGUGGUCAUUUUUUAGAAUACUAUGGUAAUCGUACAUUAAAGGAUAAAAAUACUGCUUGUACUCUUAUGUUCAAUACCUUGAAUCAAAGUUCUUAUGACGUACAUUGUAAUGAAGAAGGACAAGAUUUUUUGAGGAGAGUACCUUGUCCAAGAAAUAAACUAUGUCCAGAUGAAGAUUCCAUAUGGAAUAUUGUAAAAGGAUACCAAUUCACAUAUGUCAUACAAGAUUUUUGGCAACCACGUUUUUGGUAUAUGAGUCUAGUAGCUUGUUAUAGAAAUACAUCUACUUGUCAAUGGGAAUAUUAUGAUAAACAUGAUGAAUUAGAAUAUGAUAUUUGGCUAGUAAAUGGAAAUCCAAAUACUAGUGGCCUAAAUAGUUUAACAUACCAAUUUUCUUAUGAUAGACAAAAUACCAUAGAACUAUAUUUGUUGUUUUUUAUGUGUUACAUUAUAUUGGUGCCACUACAAUUAUAUGCUGUAAGAUUACAAAAACAUCCUGUAACAAGAUUAUUCACUGCUAGUUUAUUAUUAGAGUUUAUAGCAGUAUGUUUGAUUUUGAUACAUGUAUUGAAAUUUGCUCUUGAUGGAGUUGGAUAUGAACAAUUAGAAGUUGCUGGAGAUAUUUUUGACAUUCUAUCAAGAACAUCAUUCAUGUUACUUCUUCUUCUACUUGCUAAAGGAUGGGCUGUAACUAGAAUGGAAUUGACAUGGAAACCAUUAGUUUUUACUAUAUGGCUUUGUUAUGGAGUAGUUCAUAUUCUAUUAUAUGUGUGGAAUAUGACUGAAGUUGAUAUUAUUGAAGAUAUUGAUGAAUAUCAAACAUGGCCAGGCUGGUUUAUACUUUUAUUUCGCAGUGCAAUAAAUUGGUUUUUAUGUGAACUUAGGAAUACUAUGACAUAUGAACAUAAUACUCAGAAGUUAAAUUUUCUACUUCAUUUUGGUGCAUCUUCAUUAGUUUGGUUUAUUUAUUUACCUAUUAUAGCACUAAUUGCUCUUCAAGUAAGCGCAUUGUGGAGGUUUAAACUUCUAUUGGGUAUUACAUAUUCUGCUGAUUGUUUUGCAUAUUGUGUAAUGGCACAUUUACUUUGGCCAACACGAAGUGAACAAUAUUUUUUACUUGCACAAGGAGCUGAUAAUGGAGAUGAACUUGAUGAAUUUAAUGAAGCACCACAUGUACUAAAUAAUUAUGUGGAACCUCCAGAACUUACUAAAAUAAUUACUUAAUGUCAAAAUAUCAAAGGCAAAAUUUUGCAUAUAUAAAAAAUCAAACAUAAAGUUUGAAAUAUAUUGUUUGCCAAAUAAAAAUUUUAUAGGGUUGAUAAUACUCUGCUAUGUAUUACUUGAGACUGAUAUAUUCUGCACACUGUAUAAUUAGAGAUAUAUUAAUAAUCAAAUUUACAUUUGUGAUAGGAAGUCAAUAAUUGACACAGGAAUAAAAUGGGCGAGUAUGAUAUGAGUAUGUUUAACUAAUUUUUGAUUUAAAAA